GCGGACAUUGCCGUACAUGGUAAAAGAGAUUUCGCAAUCCGCUGCUCUCCAUGUUCCAAACAAAAACACUCCGAGCUCCGACACACGGAAUAAACUCCAACUUUCUGCGGGAACUUUCUCCACUUUGACGGAUGGUCGUUUCCCCCGCCGCCCACUGAAGGUCGUCCGCGUUUCUUCUCCACUUGGUGUCUCGGAUUCUCUACAGCUGAGGAGACUCCGGUCAGAGAUCGCUUCCUGCAGGCAUCACAUCCAAAUGAGCCGGCCGUCCCAGCCGAAACUAACAGCUGACCACAACGGCGUGAGCGUCAUCCAGAGCCAGGCCCACGCCUCCUCGUCCUCGUCCCUGCCGGCCGCCAUCGCCGGGCUGCAGCAGGUCCCUCAGCUCGUCCCUGCCGACCCGUCCUCCGCAGGCGGAAAAGCCCUGCCCCCCAGCAAGAUGAAGAAGCCCCCCGCAGACAAAGACAGCGAGGAGUACCGCCAGCGCCGCGAGCGCAACAACCUGGCGGUGAAGAAGAGCCGCAUGCGCAGCAAGCAGAAGGCCAUGGACACGCAGCAGCGCGUCAACGAGCUGAAGGAGGAGAACGAGCGGCUGGAGGCCAAGAUCAAACUGCUGAGCAAGGAGCUGAGCGUGCUCAAAGACCUGUUCCUGGAGCACGCUCACAACCUGGCUGACAACGUGCAGCCGCCCGCCGGCGCCGAGGGCUCCAGCCCCGCCCCCAACAGCUCCUCCACCAACGGGCAGUGAGGUGGAGCCUCGUCUUCAGUGCUUCUGAUUGGUUUAUUGAUCAUUAAUUAAUCAUCAGUUACCUUUAACCCCGCCUCCAAAACCUGCCAGAACCUCCCAGAAUCCUCCUGGAAAACUUUUAUCUGCGGAGGAAACAGCUACUAAACUCAGUCUGUGACUUUUUCACAUUGAUUCAGUCAAAUGUUACCUGAAGACUUUUUAAGUGAGCAGCAGUCGGUCUGACAGCAGUUAUUGAUCCUCUGAUCGAUCGAUCAGGACCACCUGGACUCUGACAGACUGGGUCUGGGACAUCUGGACUCGGUUUGUGGUUCGACCCGACCGGCUACUGCAGGACCGACAUGUAAAUGUUCAGAUUCCCUUUUCGAAGAUGUGUAUUUCCUGUUCCAGAGUUUUUAAGUAUUUCACUACAUGUUGAUGUCUAAAGGAGGGUUCUGUCUUCAACACGUUAGAGACCAACAGAUCCGAGUCACUUAGAGACAGAACCGUCCUUUACUGUGUUUUAUUCACAAAGUGUUUGAGUUUCACACGUUAAUGUUUGAACAGUCGAGUCUUUCCUGCCGAGUCGAGUUACACCUUCAUCUGCUGUCGGAUCAGAGGCUGGAAGAGAGAAAAGUACUGGAAUCAUCUGAAAUCAGAGAAAAAUACUGAAAUAAUUCCACAUUUACCUCCAGAACCAUCUGCAGGGUCCAAGUUUCACACAAAAUGUUGGAAUAGAAAGAAAAUUGUCUUAAAAGUUCAGAUUCUGCAGAACAAUGUUUAGAAAAUAACAGAAUUCUAGUCACUGCUGCUUUAAUCACUUUAAUGUUUCAAGUUAAAUUUAACUCUGAAGCAGGAAAAUCCUGUUUCCCUGCAGCCUCUGAUCUGAUGGCAGCUCCAGGUUUAAGCCCCAGGAAGCUACACAGGUUGAACCCCCAGCCUCACCUGUAGGGCUCCAGACAGGUGUGUCUGUGUUCGGUGGGCGGGUCCAGACACCACAGACUCUGCUGGCAUGCCGCAGCUUUAAUUAAAUCCACUUUAACCCGGCCGGCUCGUUAGCCGUCUGCUAACGAGGUCAGAGCAGAUCGGGACAGGUAUCCGUGGCGACCCCGCCCACCGCAGGCCACGCCCACCUCCAUGUCAGACUCUGUAAUUACAGGAGCUUUGUGUGGGCGUGGAGCAUUUCUCCACAGUGUUUGUCUGUCAGGAGCUUCACCUCCUGCAGGAAAGGUGUCGACUGAGUCUGAGCUACAGCAGCCCAACGUUCCCACAACGUCCCCACAGCGUUCCUUCAAAUCUUCUCUCAGGAUUUUUUUAACCAAAAAUCAAAACAAACCUGCCAUUCAUCAGUCAGAACUGGAUGUUUGUUACUGAGGUUUUAAACGUUCUCCAGAUAAAACCCAACGAGCUGCAGCUGAUGAUCACUUCCUCAUCAUUGAUCAUCUUCUGGAUCAAUCAAUCAGCUGUUUGUGUCCAAAACGUGGAUCAGAGUUUCCUCAAAUAUCUCGUUUUGUCCAAAGAUCUUCAGUUUACUGUCAGAGGAAAGAAACCAGAGAAUAUUAUUUAAAAUAAAAAAUGACGAAUCAGUUACCAGAAUAGCUUCAGGUUAAUGAACAGCUACAGCUCCAGAGAUGUUCCAGAGCGGAUGUUGUGGGAACGUCCGUCCGUCUGUCGGCUGCAUCUGUUUCUCUUUUCUAUCGUUGGUUUUCUACUUUUCUUGCAGCAUGUUAUCAUGUUUCUAGGGAGGUUUGCAUGAGGGUCUGAAACGUUCCUGCACUCAGAGGAAACCCAACCUUCUGGUCUUCAGUGGAUCCGGAUGUGAUUGUCGUGAUGUUUGCUUUGGUCUGAAUGUUGCUGGGCAGCAUUUCUGUGUCACUCAGCUUUUUUAUAUCAGAACCGGGGCUCAUGUGCAUUCUAAAUUAAAAUUGAGUAUAAAAGUUAA